AUGGUGAACUAUUGUUGUGUGGUAGGUUGUGGCCGUAACAGUAGAGCUAGCAAACACUUAACCUAUUAUAGUUUACCGAAAGAAAAACACCGACAAAAACAAUGGCUCAAAUUAGCUGGAAAAGAAGAACUCUUAGAGCAGGAUAUGGAGAGACUUCGGAAGUCACUUAGAUUUUGCUCUCGACAUUUCCAUCCAAAUUGUAUGAAAAACAGAAUCCUUACUAAUGAUGCUGUACCAAGCAAAAGCUUAGUAGGAUCAGUUAAUGAUGAAACAGAUAUAGAACCUGAAAAACAUGAAGGAGUAGUUUGUGAUAGCUGCUCAGAACCAAUUUGUGGAUUUCGUUAUAAAUGUGUAACUUGUGAUAAUUAUGAUCUAUGUCAAAAAUGUGAAAUGCUUGGCUCUCAUCCACAGCAUUAUAUGUUAAGGAUACCCAAGUCUAUUAAAUUUCAACUAGCAGAUGAUUUGAUUAGUAAAUGGAGGAAAUUUUUCAAAUCAGAACAUGUUACACCAGGCACAAACCCUGAUGAACUAUCUAGUGAUGAUGAACCAGUUAUGAAAUAUAUCAGAAUAAGAAACUAUGACAGUGGAAUUGACUUGUCUGAAGAUGUUAAAAGAGAUAUAAGAAAAGAAAUAGACAGAGCUCUUAAAUCAGCAGAAGAAAAAGCAGCAAAACAAAAGAUUAAUGAGACCGUUAAAGAAGUAGCACCAUCAAGUACAUCUGCUGAACCUAAAAAGACAGCACAAUGCACUCCUGAGUUAGUUUUUGCAGAUGUAAAUGUGUGUGAUCAGAUAAUGGACAUUAAAAUGGAGGCAUCUGUAGAAAUACCUGUUUCAGGGCAAACACAACCAAUGUAUUUCAUGAAACUCAGCAAUGAUUUAUCAGAACUAAUGAUAGAAUUUAAUGAAAAUAAAGUGACA